AUGAGCAAAGACGCCACCAUGGAGCAGGGUGGCAACAUGAAGAGAUAUUACGAGAGCCAAGCAGAUCUCGCUCGAGAACACUUUAAUGCUGGCGAGUACGACAAAGCAGACAAGAUCUGUACAGAUCUUCUCGCUGACUCUCGACUCCCGAGUCUCUGGCGCGCACAGAGCAAUUUCAUCCUUGCCACGACCAAACAAAAUACCGCUCUUGAGUACGCCAGAGCUGCCGUCAAAUGGUACAGCAUCUGUCUGGACAAAGAUUCCGAAGACGAUUAUCUCAAGAAGAUGCUCCAUAAGUCUCAGCUCCUGGUCAACGCCGAAGAAGCGAGGGAAAGAGCUACGGCUGCGUCACAGCAGGCUGCUGGCGAGACCACAGGUCAUGGUGAAGUUGGCAAUAAAUCACCAGAUGUUGAAGGCGGUGGGCAAAUUGAGGACGAGGGCACAUAUGAGACUGGUGAUCUCGGUGCAGAUGGCGGUGAAGGCGAUGAUGGCGAACGUGGCUAUGAGAACAUCUGA